AUGGCGGACUGGGCCCGGGCUCAGAGCCCCGGCGCUGUGGAGGAGAUUCUAGACCGCGAGAACAAGCGCGUGGCUGAUAGCCUGGCCUCCAAGGUCACCAGGCUCAAAUCGCUGGCCCUGGACAUUGAUAGGGACGUGGAAGACCAGAACCAGAGCCUGGGCGGCAUGGACACGGAUCUCACGAGUGUGACGGGCCUCCUCACGGGGAGCGUGAAGCGCUUUUCCACAAUGGCACGGUCUGGGCGAGACAACCGGAAGCUUCUGUGUGGUAUGGCUGUGGGCCUGAUCGUGGUCUUUUUCAUCCUCUCCUACCUCCUGUCGAGGCCAAGGACGUGA